GCUAACGUAAACACAGCAUUUGGAGCAGAGUUUGCUAGUACUGGGCAGUUGUUAUAUAAAGUUGUGUCGCAAUUAAUGUACUAGCUACACUUAAAAACUAUUUAUAUAUAAAACCCCCGUUUUUGUUGUUAGGUCUGGUUUUCAAAAUUAGUACCGCUUCGAAUUAGAGGUCACGUUCCCCCGAAAUGCAGGUGCAGAGAGUCGUCCUCAACUCACGUCCAGGUGAAAAUGGGGUGCCAGUUCCUGAAAAUUUCCGUCUGGAAGAGUCAACUUUAGUGCCUGACCUGAAAGAUGGGGAGGUUCUUGUUCAGACUCUUUACCUUUCUGUCGACCCUUACAUGCGAUGCAGGAUGAAUGAACACAGCGGUGCAGAUUACCUGACUCCAUGGCAGCUGUCUGAAUGCGUGGACGGUGGAGGUGUCGGUGUGGUCGAGUCCAGCUGCUGCAGCACUUUUGCUGAACGAGACGUGGUCACUUCAUUUACCUGGCCCUGGCAGACCCGUGCUGUACUGAAAGGAAGCGGCCUACAGAAGGUCGAUCCAACGUUGGUCGGUGGGCACUUGUCCUACAUUUUGGGUGCAGUUGGAAUGACGGGUCUCACUGCGAUGCUUGGUGUAAGGGAGAAGGGUCAUGUGACCAAAGGGGCCAAUCAGACCAUGGUGGUGAGCGGCGCUGCUGGAGCCUGUGGUUCCAUAGCUGGACAGAUUGGCCGGCUGGACGGCUGUGUGAGGGUAGUUGGGAUCUGUGGAUCUGACGAGAAGUGCAGAGCUUUAGUGGAUGAUCUGGGAUUUUCUGCCGCCGUCAAUUAUCGCCAAGAAGACGUAGCGACGAGGCUGAAGGGAUGCUGCCCUGAUGGUGUGGAUGUGUACUUUGACAACGUGGGAGGUGCCAUCAGUGAUACUGUAAUAGCUCAGAUGAACAGCAGCGGCCGCGUGAUCCUGUGUGGGCAGAUCUCUCAGUACAACAAGGACGUGCCGUAUCCUCCACCCCUGAGUGAGGAAACGCAGGAGAACCUGCAAAGAAAGAGCAUCACUCGAGAGCGAUUCAUGGUGCUGAAUUACAUGAGUAAAGCGGACGCUGCUCUCUAUGAGCUCAGCCAGUUUGUUAAAAAAGGACAAAUCAAGGUGUUGGAAACUGUCGUUAAUGGAAUUGAAAACAUGGGAGAUGCGUUUUGCUCGAUGAUGAAAGGGGGAAACAUUGGCAAGCAAAUUAUAAAGAUAUCGGAAUGAGGAUAAUCGCUGUAGCUUCUCAUAGCGACAGCACUUAUCUUUAGAUAGGAACCCACAGCUGCCUACUUCUCACCACCAGUAAUUACCACUAAGUUUAGUUAUCACCCACAAUAUUCUGAUUUUGUGAAUUUGUGCUGCUGUAAACUUAUUUUACAGUAUAUCACAUAAGAUGUUCAUUAAUUCACUUAUCUACCGCUUUAUCCUCCAAAUGAGGGUUGCUGGUGCCAAUCCCAGAUGAAAUAGGGCAAAAGUUGGGUACCAAGGGCCACACAGAGACAACAAUUCACCCUUUCACUCACACGUACUGUUAGUGUCCAAUUAACCUCUGCAUGUUUUUGAACUGUGGGAGGAAGCCGGAGAACCUGGAGAAAUCCCACGCAUACACAUGCAAACUACAUAAGAUGUGAUUUAGAUCAUUUAGUUUGUAUCAGACUGCCAGCUUAAGUGCUUUAACUCUCAAGAAUGUACAAAAAGGAACUGAAAGCAAACACACAAAGUUUACUGUAAUGAACAUUUUUUUAUUCCACAGCACUAAAAACCAUUAAUAAAAUAAAAAUAGUGGUUGUUCAUUUCUUA